CACUCACUUACUCACACAUGCACACACUCACUCACACUCAUCCCCACUUAAACACGGGCAGAAUAUUCAAAAAGUUAGCCAAAGUCUGUUGUACUUCCAGGAGCCUUUGAGACAGACAUCCAGACUAGCAGCUACGCACUGAGCCGGCUAUACCAGCACCACCGUGGACAUUGGACCCUCUCUCUCUCUCUCAGACCUAUACGCACGCACGCACGCUCACACACACACACAGUGUCUCUUUCUGUCUUUCCCUCCCUUCCUCUCUCCCUCCCUCUCUCUCUCUCCCUCUCUCUCUCUCUCUCUCUCUCUCUCUCUCUCUCACUCACCAUACCCGCUCCUGACAGAGGAGACACAGGACCCUCCAGCAGUUGCAGCUCCAUACACCAGACGUCUGCCAGCCUUUUGUGCCCAGGAUGUGGGCUCUUUUUGUCGGGCUCACCUUUGGAAUACUGGCCUCGGCCAGGUCAGAUGAUCCUAAAGCCAUGUCUCGCAGCUGCAGCCUCCAAGGUGUGUCCCAUGUAGAAGGCAGUGGUGGCCGCUACACGCUAACGUAUGAGGAUGCUAAGGCCUUGUGUGAGAGCCUGAAUACAGAACUGGCGACAGAGGAGCAGAUUGAAACAGCCUACAAUAGCAAAAUGGAGACAUGCAGAUAUGGGUGGACCGCCAACAUGAGUGUAGCGAUUCUGCGUCAUACGGCACGUGAGCAAUGCUACUUGAACAAGACUGGUCUCAGUGUCAAGAAAGACAACAACACAGGGCUGUACGACGCUUACUGCUACGAUUCAUCAGAUAUAUCAGAACAAUUGAAUUGUGCGUCACGUUUCAACAAUAACCCGGAAGACCCUAAUGGGACAACAACAGGAAACGCUGAGGAAGCCACCAGGGGUCUUGAUGACCCGCUUACCUUCCUGGACGACGUGGUGGCCACGGCAGACCCAGCGCAGCACGAAAACUUCACCAACGUGGAAGAGUCCACGGACAUCCCUCAGCCUGCCUCCUCCGAGGAGGGUGUUUUCUCCGAGAGGGUCUUCACCUCGGACGCACCGUCGGAUGAGGACCAGGGCACCGCGACGACACAGGUGACCAGUGUUCUGCUGCCAGAUGAUAGCACUGGAUCGGGGAUCCAGCCGACCUCCGAGGAGCCGGAAGUCACCCAGCCCACCGAGCUCCCGGUCAGCACGACAGAAGUCGAGCCGGAACAACAGCCUGAACACAAGCCUGAGCCUGAGCUCGAGCCUGAGACCGAGCCCGAGCCCGAGACCAAGCCAGAACGCCGACCGGACACUGUCAACACAGUGCCUCCUGUGGGAAGGAACGUGAAUCCUGAAGGUACUAACGAAGAGCGAAAGGAUAAGAGUGGCAAUGAUUGGUUGGUGAUUAUAGGCGUGGUGGUGGCAGUGGCAGCCAUUCUCCUUGUCUGUGGCAUCGUUGCAACCAGGAAAAGAUGGUGUGGGAAGCACCAGUCGCUGAACAUCAGCAAGGGUGGCAGCGGCAACGAGGGCAACGGGGCGGCGGCCGGGGUGGCAAGCUCCCGGGCGGAGGAGCGCGAGCAGGAGAUGGUCACGCUCAUGAACAAGGAAAAGAUCCAGGAGAACGGCAACGCCGAUGAGCUCACCGCCAUCACGGUGGACGGCUCGUCGGAGAAAGCAUGAACGGCCCAACACAUGAAUGAAUGAAUGAAUGAAUGAAUGAAUGAAUGAAUGGGUGAUGAGCAGAACCUUGGGCUAGCAGUGAGAGAGGGAGGGUGAAAGAGAUGGACACAAAAGGUGAAGCAUGGAGGAGGGAAAAAUAGAGAGGGAGAGGUGAAGGCUUCAGGGGGGUGGGGGUUGUUUGUUGUUGGUGAGUCAAGGAGGAAACGAGUGUGCCCGCCUGAAGGUAUUACUUGAGGCUGCUCCCCAUCUUGUGGUGUUGUGUACAUACGCACUCUGCCUUCUGUGUGUUUGUAAGUGUGUGUGGGCAUGUGUGUGUGUGUGCGUGUGUGUGUGUGUGUGUAUGUGUGUGUGUGUGUGUGUGUGCG